GUCGGGUUUUGACCCGUCAAGUCGAGUUUUUGGGGUUUGGCUCCAACAUGGCGACCAAAAUCCUGCGAGAGCUGACUGUUUGGACAAACAGAAGAAAGAAAGGAGAGAGAUCAGUAACAAUGUCUGGCAGAGGAAAGCGAAAGGAGGAGGAGGGCGCAUCGGAUGAUAACUCGGACGGCCACGCUCCUCCCAAGAAAGCUUCCAAGACUGAUUCUGCCGACGACUCUGAUGACAUCGUCGUUUGCGAGAUAUCGAAGAACAGGAGAGUGACAGUGAGGAACUGGCAAGGAAAGGUCUGGAUAGACAUUCGCGAGUUCUAUCUCAAAGAUGGAAAGCAACUGCCUGGCAAAAAGGGAAUAUCAUUAAGUGUUGAUCAGUGGAAUGUACUUAGGGAUCACGUUGAAGAAAUUGACAAGGCACUUGCGGAUUCUUAGGAGCAUUGGUGUGGAUGUGUUAGGGUGUAGUUCUAGGGAUUUUGGUUCUUAUGGUUUUGUAUUCAAGGAUGUGGGAUAUGGUAGGCAGAUGUCCUUUCUGUGGUUGUUUGAAGUUGAUAACUACAUUUUGCUUGGGCUAUUAAUCCGUCUGUGGCAUAUGACAAUCCCCUUUGACCAAUCUAUUGGCCUAAUUGUGUUAGUAA